AUGAUGGCAGCCACGAGGGCUUGGUCUCCGUUGACAUUUCGUGGUGGCCUUGGGCGUCGAACCGUGUUGAGGUUUAUUUUGUGGGGCGCACUCGCGGUUGCCGUGCUGGGGCCGUUGCCAGCGUCGGGCAAGCAGAAGCAGCCGCCACCGACCACCCCGUCUGCCCGCACGGCCCAGCCGGUCGUGACUUCUGACGCGUUAGCUUUGCUGGAGAGUCGUGCCCCAGACAAUGUUCGUAAGAUGUUGCAGAGUAACACGGCGGCGAUAUCGCGUGAUAAACUGGAAGCCCGACUUCUGGAGGAGCUUCGCGAGGAGGCUGAUGCCGCGGCGGCUUCUCGCCCGCCGGCAACGUCACUGUCCUCGUCCAGUGUGUCCCAUGAACGAAUCAUCUAUGUCACCUCCAUAGGCGGUAUCUAUCAUACAUCCCGGCACGAGGAGAUCCUGGCCGCCUUGCGAACCAAUCUCGAGUCACCCUGGGUCGAAAAACUGAUCAUGCUCACCGACAAGGGUUGGGCGGCGACCCUGCGACCUACUCAGCGCAAGCUGCCCAAGCUCAAGAUUGAGGUGUUCCACGAGCAACCCACGUACAAGGAUUUGUUCACUUCUGCAAAUGCAGCGGCCCACCCGGGUCAGCUAAUCAUGGUUGCCAACAGCGACAUUGAGCUCUCCAACCUGACCUUCGUCUGCCUGGACAAAUCGCAGUUCAACAAGCCGCUGAUGUAUGUGCUGACACGGCACCCGCACCCUUCAUGCCCAAAGGAGUCGGGGGGUGGAGCGAAUCCCCAGCUGCCAAAAAAUCUUUGCACUGACAAAUUUGGCGGAGCCUUUCUUAGCACUGCGGAUGCCUUCCUGACGUCGGCCCCUGUUCCCCAAGACGUCCUGGACUUGAUCGAUCACGUUCAGAAUCGUCUCGGUGCCGAAAAUCGACUGGUUCACUUCUUCAGGUCGCAAGGUCGUUAUAGGAUUCUCGAUCCCUGCUUUGACAUGCCUGUCUACCACCGACAUUGCAGCCAAGAGCGUGCAAAAUCAGCUCAGUUGGGGUCUGGGCGCAUCGAUGGCCACGCCCGAAGCACCUGGGCUCGCCACCGGCUACCAAACUGUUCAAUCGUAGAUCUAUAG